AUGGAGAAUCGCAUGGAAAGGACGUCUCUAAUCAUCCGCGAAUUUGUCCACUACGAAGUGGAUAUAGCGACUUUCGGUAAGACCCGCCUCUGUGAGCAGGGACAGCCGGAUGAGGUGGGUAUUAGACGCAUCUUUUUCUGGAAUGGACAUCUCAGGUCAGAACACUGGGAUGUCGAAAUCAUUUCCUCAUCACGAAAGAAGUCGUGAGAAAAUCAAUAUUCGACUCAUAAGUCCGUGCCCGCCUCUUUGGCAGAACAAAUUCGUAAAGGUCGUCAGUACUCGCGUUGCCCUCGAAAUGAUCAGCCUCGACGACGUGGAGAGACAGUUCUACGAAGAAAAACACGAUGUCCUAGUGACUUUGCCGAAGGCGGAGAAACUGAUUGUUCAUGAUUACCUCAGUGAUCACUUCGUCACAGACUAUGCUGCUUCUAAGGUAGUGCUCGGUAAACACAAGAUCGGUAGCUGUAACAGAAACCAACUUCUCCUCCUGCUGGUCUGUGAAGAGCGCAGUCUUCCUUUGAACAACACCUUUGUCCGUCUUCCGAUGCUGGAUCAGGCGAUGUCCAUGCACCGCAGUUUGCAUCUCUGGCAUCUACUGGAAGCGUGA